AUGUCUGAGAUUUUGUGCCAGUGGCUCAACCAAGAGUUGAAAGUGUCCCAGACCGUGAGUGAGGUUUCCAGUGCCAAACUUAAUAAUUUUUCUCGACUGGAGCCAACGCUUCACCUUCUGGGUGUGCAGUUCGAUCAGAAUGUGGCCCAGAGCAUCAUGACCGAAAAGCCUGGGGCAGCCACAAAACUUUUAUAUCAAUUGUACAUUGCGCUUCAGAAAAAGAAGAAAAGUGGAAUGACCAGAUUGGAAAUGCAAACCAUGCAGCCUCUGACAAGUAAUGAAAUAAUGGCCAAAAUCCAAGCAGCUAUCAUACAGAUUCCUAAACCUUCAUCAAAUCGUACUUUGAAAGCACUUGAGGCCCAAAAACUGAUGAAGAAGAAGAAAGAGGCAGAGGAUGUGGCCAAUGAGAUUAAGAAGUUUGAAGCAUUAAUAAAAAAGGAUCUCCAGACAAAAGAAAGUGCAUCCAAGACUUCCUUAGAUACAGCAGGCCAGAUGACUACUGAAUUGUUAAACACUUACUCGGAUGAUGACUACAUUAAAAAAAUUCAGAAGCGCCUAGAAGAAGAUGCUCUCGCACGAGAGCAAAGGGAGAAAAGACGGCGGAGAUUGUUAAUGGACCAAUUAAUAGCCCAUGAAGCACAAGAGGAGGCUUACCGGGAGGAGCAACUGAUCAACCGACUGAUGAGGCAGUCCCAGCAGGAGCGCAGGAUUGCUGUGCAGCUCAUGCAUGUUCGGCACGAAAAGGAAGUUUUAUGGCAAAACAGAAUUUUCAGAGAAAAACAAUAUGAGGAAAGACGACUUAAAAAUUUCCAGGAUGCCCUUGAUCGAGAAGCGCCCUUCUUCCCCAGUGUCUGCUAUUUGAGUUUGAUUCCAUAUAAGUUGAUGCAUGAUUGGAAGGAACUAUUUUUUAAUGGAAAACCCAUUUAUGAACAAGCCAAAAUUAAGUCUCUACCGGCUAACCCCUCUGAAAAACAAAUUAUAGAACUGGAGAAAAGGGAUUUGCUAGAUGGCAAGGAUUAUGAAGAAUAUAAGGUACAAACUGAUGAGGACUACUUUCCUAUUCAGAUACUUUCUAUUGACACUCUUGUCCAAGAAGCUAUCCAAGCCUUUCAUGACAAGGAAGAAGUCAGUGAGGCCCUACCAGUUCAGCAAGAAACUGAAGAAAAGGAUCUUCGAGGUUUACAAGACAGUAAUGAAGAAAGCCAGGAUCAACAAAAUGUAUUUUCAAAGGGACCUGUUUCAAGUGAAGCAUUACCAGAAACUGAAGGUAAAACUAUACUUAAUACUAAUGAAAGACCAAAAGCUGAAGAAGUCAAAAUGAGUGAUAGUUUCUCCAAAGGGAUAGCUGAGGAUUGGCUGAGAACACUGUCAAUCUAUGGCUAUCUGGUAGCAGAACAGGGCCCUGAAUGUCAAGACCAAUCUGACAUGAAAGUGGAUAUGACAAUUAAUAAGAAAUUAGAAGAAAAGGAAACUGAGAAAAAAGAAGAAGCUUCCCUGGCUGAGGCUUCACCUCCUACUCCUCCACCUCCUCCUCCUCCCGAGCCAGAAAAAGAGAAAGACAUUUCUCCUCAAGGAGAGGCUUCAAAAACUCAUCCUGCAAAAGGAAAACCACAAUCAGAACCCCAGCAUGGUAAGCAUGAAACUCUUCAGGAAGGAAAAGGGAAGAAAGGUGACACUUCACUCAAAAGAAAAGGUUCUCCUAAAGGAAAAACACAAGGAGGGAAGCAACCAGUAAAGAAGUCACCUGCUGACUCUGCAGAUGUGUCACCUGCUCCGGUCGUACCACCGCUGCCUAAGCCAGGAUCCGAAGAAUGGGUCUAUGUGAAUGAACCAAUUCCUGAGGAAAUACCUUCAUUUCUAGUACCUUACUGGAAACUAAUAGAAAGUUCCUAUAUAAAAACCAUCAAAACAGUCCUGAGGUAUCUGAGAGAAGACAAGCAUACUGUGAUUGCUUACUUAUAUGAGAUUAGAACAAGCUUCCAGCACUUUCUAAUGCGUCCAGAUCACAAGCAAAAUUUUGUAGCUCAUUGGCAAGCUGAUUUCAACUCUCUCCCUGAUGACCUGUGGGAUGAUGAGGAAACCAAGGCAGAAUUACACCAAAGAGUGAAUGACUUAAGAGACCGCCUGUGGGACAUUUGUGAUGCCCGGAAGGAAGAGGCAGAACAGCAGCGUCUUGAUAUCAUUAAUGAGAGCUGGUUACAGGACUCUAUUGGAAUAUCAAUGAACCAUUUCUUUUCACUCAUGCAGGCAGAACUGAGCCGUUUCCAAGAUACAAAGAGACUCCUUCAAGAGUAUUACAGAGCAAUGGAAAGCAAAAUCCCAAUAGAAGACAAUAAGAAAUUUAUUCGAGUCCCGUUGGUCCAACUGGAUGGUAAAGACAUUCCGGAAAGCCAACUUAAAAUUCCUCUAGUUCCUCGAAUAUCUAUUUCUCCAGAAACAGCUAUGUCCAAACCAAAAAUAAAAACAAUACUGAAGGGCAAGAUCGAUAACUCACUGGAAAAUGUAGAGUUAAACUUUGAGGCAGAUGAGAAGCUGGUAAUGGACACCUGGCAACAGGCUUCUUUAGCAAUAUCUAGCAUGGUGGCUGCUGAAAUUCAUCAGAGGCACAUGGAAGAAGAAAAAGAAAAUCAGCAAGCAGACACAAAAGAAAAAUCCAUUCAGACAGGUGCAAAUAAAAAAGCCAAAAAGGAACCAAAGAAACAAAAGGCAGACAAAAAAACUAAAGGCAAAUCAUCACCCACAACAGAAGCCUCUGCUGUAGUAGUAACCCCAGAGGAAAUCGCCGAAAUGGAAAGAAAAAAUGAACUAAGACUCAAGAUAAAGGAAGAACACCUUGCCGCCCUGCAAUUUGAAGAGAUAGCCACACAGUUUCGACUUGAACUGAUAAAGACAAAAGCAUUGGCUUUUCUUGAAGAUCUAGUAACAAAGGUGGUAGAUGCAUAUAAACUCAUGGAAAAGUGGCUUGGUGAGAGGUACUUGAACGAAAUGGCCAGUGUUGAAAAAUUAACUGAGGUAGCUCGCUAUCACAUUGAAACAUCUACAAGAAUUCAGAAUGAACUUUAUUUAAACCAAGAAGACUUCUUCAUUAAUGGUGAUACAAAAGUCUUUCCAGAUUCUCCACCACCAAUACGUCCUCCACCUGUAGAAAAGGAAGAAAAUGGAACCCUGACUAUAGAACAACUUGACGGUCUUCGAAAUCAGUUCUUAGAUAUAGCACCUAAAGGCAUCAUAGGAAAUAAAACAUUUACUGACAUUCUGCUUGACUUGGUCACCCUGAACCUUGGAACGAAUAGCUUUCCUAGUAGUUGGAUGCACCUCACCCAACCUGAAUUACAGGAGUUAACGUCUUUAUUAAUAGUGAACUCCGAGUUUGUGGACUGGCGGAAAUUCCUGUUAUUAACCUCGCUGCCAUGGCCCAUCCCCCUGGAAGAGGAGCUCCUUGAGACCCUGCAGAGGUUCAAGACUGUGGAUGAGGAGCAGCUGGGCAUGGUCACUCUCGAGCAGUAUCUGCAGGCUGGUCUGUGGUUUACAGGAGAUGAAGAGAUAAAAAUUCCAGAAAAUCCUCUUGAACCUCUGCCAUUUAAUAGGCGGGAGUACCUUAUAGAGUUUUUCUUCAGGCUGUUUGCUGACUAUGAAAAGGAUCCACCCCAGCUUGACUACACACAGAUGCUGCUUUAUUUUGCUUGUCACCCGGAUGCUGUGGAAGGUGUCUACCGGGCCCUCAGUGUGGCUAUUGGAACUCAUGUAUUCCGCAGAAUUAAAACUUCUACUCUAAUUGUCGAUAAGACCUUCUCCUUUACUGAUAUGAGUCCAGUAGGAGUAUCUCCUGAACCUGAGGAAAAUAUAAGAGAGGAGAGGGAAUUAAAAGAGGAAAAGGAAGAAGAAAUACCCGAAAAUGUAAACACUGAAAAGAUUUCCAUUGAAACACUACUCAAAGUGUUCCAAGGAGGAAUCGAAGCACAAGACUGUGACAGAUUCGCCAGCCACCUAAAGGCAGAGAACAUUUAUUAUGAGAACUUCAUAAAAAUAUUUCAGGACCUAGGUGCCAAGAAUCUGGAGCCAAUUGAAGUUGCUGUUCUCUUGAAGCAUCCUUUUAUUCAAGACCUGAUUUCAAAUUAUUCAGACUAUAAAAUGCCUGAUAUUAAAAUAAUUCUGCAAAGGGGUGAACAUGUACAAGGAAGUGACGGCGAGAGAUCGCCUUCAAGACUCACAGAGGAAAAGAAAUGA